AUGGCGUUUUCUGGAGCACAAGUUCUCCUAUUUCCAUUUCCAACUGCAGGUCACAUAAUCCCCCUCCUUGACCUAGCCAACCACCUCAUAAAUCAUCACCUAAAACUCACAAUUCUUGUCACACCUCAAAACCUACCAUUACUCGAGCCAAUCCGAGCAAUUCACCCUUCCGAUUCUAUUCAAACACUUUGCCUUUCAUUUCCUGAACUCCCUGCUGGAUCCAGUUUUGCUGCAAGGGUUCGUGCAACCUCUGAGCUUUACAAUCCGAUUGUCGAUUGGUUCCGUACCCACCCAUCACCUCCUGUGGCCAUUAUCUCAGAUUUCUUCCUUGGUUGGACUGAUAAACUGGCAUUCCGACUAGGUGUUCGACGUAUUGCCUUUUGGCCGUCCGGAGCUUUUACUUGCUUAGUUAUAAGUCAUACAUGGAGCAACGUUGAAGAAAUCUUGUCUACAACUAAUGAGAACUCUUUGAUCACUUUCACUAAUAUUCCCAAUACGCCGGAAUAUCCUCGGUGGAAAGUGUGUACGUUGAGCAGUCAGUACAAAAAAGGAGACGCCGAUUGGGAAUUCUUGAGAGGUGGUUACUUUGAAAAUAUGAAGAGUUGGGGUGUUGUGUUUAACUCUUGUAGAGAAAUAGAGGGUGUUUUUAUCGAUCGAGUAAAGAAAGAAAUGGGCCAUGAUAGGGUUUGGGCCGUUGGGCCCUUGCUACCUUUGGACAAUAAUAUGGUAGGUCCAUAUUAUUUUCAACGUGGCGGGUUGAGUGUGAUGCCACGUGAUGAAGUGAUGACGUGGUUAGACGAAAAGGCCGAUGAUUCAGUUGUUUACGUGAGCUUCGGGAGUCGUGCAAUGUUGACACGACAGCAAGCGGAUGCCCUGGCGAGGGCCUUGGAGUGUAGUGGGGUGAAUUUCGUGUGGUGCUUGAGAAUUCAAGAGGAAGGACACGUGGCAGGCAACGUGGACGUGGUCACGAAAGAAUAUGAGAAUCGAGUAGCAAAUAGAGGGUUGAUAAUCAAAGGUUGGGCUCCACAAGUUGCGAUACUAAGUCAUCGAACUGUGAGCGUUUUCUUGACUCAUUGCGGAUGGAACUCGGUACUAGAAGGCAUAUCCUCUAACGUGCUCAUUCUAACAUGGCCUAUGGGUGCAGACCAAUUUAUAAGUGCAGAAUUGUUGGUUAACCAACUCAAAGUGGGAAUUAGAGCUUGCGAAGGUGGUUGUCAAGUAGUCCCAGAUUCAGUCGAAUUGGCUCAUAUCUUAUCCGAGUCAAUUAGUGGAGCUCACCCACAGAAAGAGCGAAUGAGUAAACUCCAUCAUUCUGUCUUAGAGGCUGUUCAAAAGGGAGGGAGCUCUAGUCAAGAUUUGGAUGCAUUUGUCAAGCAAAUAGGUCAACCUCAAACUGAAACUAGUUGA